AUGCCUCCAAGAGAACGCGCAGGUUACACCUCCAACAUCUUCGUGAUCGAUGUCUCCCCCUCCAUGGGCGAGCCUAUGUUUCCUGCCGAGGAUUCAGGAAGUCCGGAGGAAGGAUAUGGCCUCACUAAGCUUGAGUGGGCACUGGAGUAUGUCAUUAGGAAAAUACAAGAGUUUAUCUUUACAGAGAGGAAGACGGAGGAGUGCGGAGUGAUCCUGUUCGGGACGGAUACGACGAACAACAAGGUGAACGACGAGCACGACGGGUACGAGAACAUCGUCGAGCUCGUGCCCCUCUCGGCGCCGACAACAAAGAUCAUCGACAUGCUGCGGACCGUCAAGCCAGAGGGUACCAUUGCCGAGCCCCUUGAUGCCCUCAUCGUCGCCAUCCAAACCCAGUCCUUACAUCUGGGGAAUAAGAAAGCAUGGAAACGCCGUAUCACCCUCGUCACAUAUGGGGAAACGGAAUGUAACUUUGAUGACUGGGACCGGACAGCGUCGAAGCUUGGCGAGCUGGAGAUCAAGACGAGCAUCAUUGGGGUCGGGUUUGAUGACGAAGAAGACGGGUUCGUAGAGGAGGGAAAGAGCAAGGUCAAGCAAGUAAACGAGGAGUUCUGGCACAAGUUCAUCUCCCAUCUGCCAGAGGGACUGGGCAUGGUCGGCAACAUCUCCCUCGCGAUCGCCUCUCUCUCCUCACCACAGCUCAAGAGCACGCAGUCGACGCUCGCAUCCACCUGGAUGAGACUUGGUGAUCGUGAAACUGCCGAGGCCGCUGGCUCAGAGGGCUUCCUCGAGAUACCCAUCAAGGUGGCUAAAGCGACAAGCGCGGCGAAGCCACUCAGCAUGAAGAAGUUGCAUAAGCGUGGUGGGAGGGGCGCGUGGCAUGCCGUCGGACUUCAGACGGAUUACGUGGUGUACGAAGGGGGAGAGGAGGAGGAAGAGAGCAAGCCCAAGGCCGAGGGGGAGGAUGAGGAGAUGCGCGGGGAGGAAGAUGAGGAGAGGACAGAGCCUGAGAACGAGCGCCAAGAGGUACCUGUGGAGAAGGAGGAACUGGUCAAGGCGUACAAGUAUGGCGCCACCUGGGUGCCGUGCGAGGAGGGCGAGUUUGAGAAGCUGCAGACAACGAAAGGAAUGGAAGUCAUCGGCUUUGUCCCCGAGUCCAAGUGGCAUCGCGAGCAAGCACUGGGCGAAGUAUCCUACGUGUAUCCCUCGGACACGUCCGCCAAAGCCCAAAUUCAAUUCUCCGCCAUCGUCCAAGUCAUGGCAGAGAAAGGUGUCAUGAUGACCGUACGCUACGUCUGGAGGGACGGGGCGGACCCAAAGGUUGGCGUAUGCAAAGCGCAGCCGUUGGGAUCGGUCGAGUGGGGAGGCGUGGAUUGUCUACUUUUCGUCCAGAUGCCGUUCGCAGAUGAUGUCCGAAAGUACAAGUUCAAUUCACUCACCGACUUAUUUGAUAAGAAGACCGGGGAAAGGAUCAAGGAACACAGCACGCUCCCGACUCAGGAACAGCAGUCGGCUAUGGAUGACUUCGUAGAUGCUAUGGACUUGAUGGAUGCCACGCAGGACGAGGAGGGGAACACUGCGCCGUGGUUUGAUCCUGCCCUGUCUUUCAAUCCUGCGCUGCACCGCAUCAAACAAGCGCUCUUUCACGGCGCGCGUGUUGCUGAUCCUGAGAAAAAUCCCUUGCCUCCGCCUCACCCAGAGCUUGUAAAAUACUUCACCACCCCCGAGAACGUGCUGGAUCGGGCCAAGCCUGCGAUUGAGAGGUUGAAGAAGGCGAUGAACAUCAAGAAGGGCAAAUUUUCAGUGCCUCCGAAAGCCGCGGUGAGCAAACGUCGAAACGGCGCAACGGCGGAUGCGCCUGAGUAUCUCUACGAAAGUGUGGAAGACAUCCUCGGUGCGACCACGGGCACAGGCGACUCGAACAGCCUACUCGCCAAAACGUCGCCCAAAGGCAAGGGCAAAGAUACAAACAACGCACAAUUGCCCACGCCUUCACCGUCCGUUGCCCCGGAGCCAGGUAGGUUAAUCAGCCUCCGGACUCCGCUGAAAGACUUCGAGGGACUGCUUGAAGCGGGAGAUCUUGUCAGCAAAGCGGUGGAAGAUAUGUCGGCCGUCUUAUUACAGGUGGCAACGGACUCGCAAAGAAGCGAGGAGAUGUUGGAGUGUAUGAAGGCGAUGCGAGACAAGGCAAAGGAAGAGGAUGAGGUGGACGCGUAUCAGCAAUUCAUGAUAGAUCUGAAAAAAGAAGCGACGCGGAAGGACUUUUCGAAUCCCGACCUGUGGCCACUAAUCAGGAGGCAAGGGGUCAAAAUUAGCUGGAUCACCGUCAAGGAAGCUGAAGGGUACGGCAGUCAGAGCUCAGUGAAUGACAAGGAAUCUCGAAAGUUCAUUGAGGAAUAG